GGGACGUGGGAUGACUUCUGAUGUGGCGCAGGUCGAGCUAAGAGGCUAGCUGGUUAGCAGCCAGUGGAGGACAGCUCGGAGUUAAAGACAGUUCCCAGUGACUCGGACCUGAGCUGCUUUACCACCUGACUCUCCACCAAGUGACGCACAGAGACAAACAUGUCCGCUGCCUCGCGUGUUCCUGUCGUUUUCAUCGCUCUCACGUGAUAAAACACUCAUGCUAACGUUAGCCUGUUAGCAGCUCUGGUUGUCUUUUCUGCAGCUGUGGCUCUGCACGGAUCUAGACUGUAGCUCCAGCUGAUUUCAGGAGGCUGUCGUGUGUUUACAAAGAUGUUCCUGGUUGGGCUGACGGGAGGUAUCUCCUCGGGGAAGAGCACCGUGUCCUCCAUGCUGCGGGAGCUCGGGUGCCCCAUUAUCGAUGCCGACGUUGUGGCCAGGAAAGUCGUGGAGCCCAACACUCCUGCCUACUCUCGCAUCGUCCACCACUUCGGGCGAGAGAUCCUGCUUGAGAACGGGGAGAUCGACAGACAGAAGCUGGGUGAGCUCAUCUUCGCCGACGGGGAGAAAAGGAAGCUGCUGAACUCCAUCACCCACCCGGAGAUCCACAAAGCGAUGCUCAAAGAGAUCCUCUUCUACUUUCUCAGAGGUUAUCGCUAUGUCGUGCUGGACGUGCCUCUUCUCUUUGAAACCAGACGUCUCACUAAGUUUUUGAACCACACUGUGGUGGUUUACUGUGACCCUGCCACUCAGCUGUCCCGCCUGAUGCAGAGGGACGGCCUGACCCAGGAGCAGGCCGAGCAGCGCGUGGCCGCCCAGAUGCCGCUAAAUGAAAAGCGCGGCCUGGCCAAUCACGUUAUCGAGAACUCGGGCAGCCGGGAGGACGCCCACCGGCAGGUCCUGCGGCUGCACACAAAGCUGGAGGACUCCAUGGACUUCCUUUUAGUGAGGGUCAUUGCAAUCGCUGCCACCACUGGUCUGAGUGGGAUUCUGCUCUAUGCUGCCAAGAUCCUUAUAUCCUAACAGAGGAAAGUGGAGCUGUAGAAGUGUUCGCUCCCGGAUCUGGUCAAAGACGGGGAUGUGAACGGGAGCAGGCAGGUCGGAGGUAACGAUGCAAAUUACUGUGAGAUUAGUUUCACACCACCCAUCACUGCAGCUCUGUGGUGCGACGUGCACUGAUUAACACGGACUCACACUGUUGACAUAACAUGUGAUGACAAAUUUUUGUUUUCUGUGAAGGGUUUCUAUGUGCAAUUUCUUUGGGGUUUUACUGUGAGACACUAAAACAUGAGGGUGAUACUGUACAAGCUCAAAUUUACAACCUGUGCUCACUAAUAUCAGUGAUGCUCUAAACAGUGAUGUCAGAUUGGAACUUAAUCAUAAUGCAGUGUUCCACACGUAGCUUAUAUUUGUAAAACUGUGAAGUAUGAUAGAUUAUAGAAAGAAUAAGAUCCUAUAUGGUUAAACCUAUAGACUUUACAUAAAGGUCGACGCCAUGACAGCUCCCCAAAAGUGAAGACAAAACAUCUGGAUCGCCCUCUAGUGGUUGGUAUAGGACAUAAGCCCGGCCUCCUCCAUGUUAGCAGAUGGAACAUAGGUCAAAACAAAGUCAAACUAGACGUGAAAUACUUUUUUUUUCAGUCAUUUUAGGUUUGUCUUAACAAACUGAUGUUCAUUCAAGUGUUGAUUUAGUUCGUUUGGUUUCAUUUAGUUAUUUGAUUUGAUACCGUGUGAAACCUGAUGA